AUGUCAGCGACCACUCCAGCGGACACGCCUUCCCAGUCAUCGCAGGCCUCGUCGUCUGGUGUACACAAUGGCAGCAAUAGAUCCCAGUCUUCCUCUUCGGCCACAAACUAUUGCCAAAACUAUUUCGAUAUCAACGAUAUACUGGCCAACAGUCAACGAGUUGUGUCCACUUUUGUGACUCGCGUCCCAGCGGUGGGACCGGUGUUGGACCCGACGGGCGAUACGGCCGACGUGGAGGUCGGCUCCAAACUAGAGCUACCGCUUUGGUUGGCCCGCGAACUGCACUCCGAAGGGUUGGUCGACAUAACGGUUCCGAAAGGCUUUAACCGAACCUAUCGUGAGAUUCUGGAAGCGGACGCCAAUUGUGUUGAUUUGCAUAAACUCUGUCCCAACUAUUACCGCGUCGGCCAUCACUUGUCGCGUAUGGGUCUCCACGAGUCCGAAGACAUAGCGGCCAGUCUUGUGGAGACAUUUCAUCAGCGCUACCAUCGGAUUGUCAACUAUUCCCAGUCGGCGACCAGCGAUACCGUGCAUCAGAUCCAGCAGUUUGUGGGACAGCUGGACAACGAGGAGAAGCCUCUGUUCGCUGCGGGCAAACAGGCGUUGGAUCAGAUGAAAGAGUGGGACAAUCGCGCCAUCGAGAAGGUGACCGCUAACGAAGUGGUCGUCAAUCUUCGUAAACGCAAACACAUCAUCAACAGCGACAUCAUUACCCCAAACGGGUCCCAGUCUUCGGGCGCCACCGCCUCCUCCGCCGCCAAUUGA